CUCUCUAAGCAGACGGUAUUGGCGACCGAGAAUCCACAUAAGAUGCUGAGAAAAGAAGAAAUGCUUCAUCUCAUUCAGCGUGCUGCAAAUCUUCUGAAAAGGGCCAUCAUUCUCGUUGGGGAGAAUGAAGAUGGGUCUUCGACCAUUGUUCCAGAGGAUGGUUUUGAAGAAUGGAUUGGGAUCAUAUUUGCCUGGGAUAGUUCCUCUACAGAAAAACCACCCAAUAUCAUACCUCUGGUCCAAAACUAUGAAGAUCUUCGAUAUCUUCGAGAUCUUCUAGAUCUUCUAGAUCUUCGAGAUCUUCGAUAUCUUCGAGAUCUUCGAUAUCUUCGAGAUCUUCGAUAUCUU